AAGUUGUCAGUAAACGUUAAAAAUUACGCGCGGUUUUGUCCAUUUAUAGAGGUUGGAAUCAGGCUAAAAGUGCGUUUUCGUGAAUUAUUACCCCUAAAAUGUCAAUGACUAUUGUUUGCAGGUUUAGGAGUUUUGCCCCGCCCCCUGUGUUUGUCGUAAACCUGGCUCCUGGCUCCAAUAAACCCGGGCUAAGAGCGCCCUGGGCUCGCCUCCUUCUCCAAGGCGAUCAAUAGGAUCUCAGGCGCACUCCAAGCACUCUCUUACGUAGACAUCCACCAAGGAGAGAGCCGAUACAACAACACGGGUGAUCUGCUCAAACACAAAAAUCUACCUGCUUUCUGAAUCAUGUCGUUGAGCCCAAAGCAUACAACGCCUUUUUCAGUCACAGAUAUUUUGAGUCCAAUCGAGGAGACCUACAAGAAGUUUGGUACCAUGGACGGCGCAGGGAACCUAACCUCUCCACUGGGAGCCUACCGACAGCCUCAGGUGUCUCAGACCGGCAUGCAGCAGCACUCCAUGGGCCACAAUGCCGCCGUGGCCACCACUUACCACAUGCCGCACGGCGUCUCCCAGUUCUCCCACAGCGCAAUGGGGGGAUACUGCAAUGGAAGCAUUGGCAACAUGGGAGACCUCCCGUCGUACCAGGAAAGCAUGCGGAAUAGCGCAGCAGCAACAGGAUGGUACAGCGCGAAUCCUGAUCCAAGAUACUCCACAAUUUCUAGAUUCAUGGGACCUUCCACAGGUAUGAACAUGACCGGCAUGGGGGGCCUCACGGGGAUGGCGGACGCCAGCAAAGCCAUGCCAGCUCUCCACGCUGCGCCCAGGAGGAAACGGCGGGUCCUGUUCUCGCAGGCUCAGGUCUACGAGCUGGAGAGGAGAUUUAAGCAGCAGAAAUACCUGUCGGCGCCCGAGAGGGAGCACCUGGCCAGCAUGAUCCACCUGACGCCGACCCAGGUGAAAAUCUGGUUUCAGAACCACCGGUACAAGAUGAAGCGCCAAGCCAAGGACAAGGCGGCGCAGCAGCUGCAGCAGCAACAGGACGGCAACCUGUGCCAGCAACAGGCGCAGUCCCCGCGGCGCGUGGCCGUGCCCGUUCUGGUGAAGGACGGUAAACCGUGUCAGAACGGCUCCAACACGCCGACGCCAAACCAGCAACAGGUGCAACAGAACCAGCAACAGAACCAACAACAGAACGGAGCUGGAGUCGUGCUCGCAUCCUCGACCGGCGGCCUGGGCCAGCAUCAAAACCAGCAGCAGCAGCAGGUGAGCGCGCUGGAGCUGGAGGAGAUGUCGCCCAGCCCCCCCUCGCUGCACAGCCAGCUGAACAUGGCCCAGAUGGACUCGUCUGCUGUAGAUUACACCAGUAGCAUGGUCAACUCAAACCUCCUGUACGGCAGAACGUGGUAGGACCCCAACCUGAACUCUUUUCUUUCCACUUUUGAUAUGCGAACACGCACACAUGAACACGGCGCGCUGCGCAGACGCGCACCAACCGAUCAGGGCACAUUUUCUUGACAUCUCUGGCAGGGGAGUCCUAUUUUUGAACAUGACACAAAUGGCCGCCCUUGACUACGUCGUUUCUGGACCUUUUGUAUGUUUUGGACCUUUCCUCAUGAUGUUUUGAACGUAGUCUCUGUUGUUGAAACAAAAAAAGGAACGCUGCUUUAGGGGAAACGGUGAGGCCAGGUCUGAAAUAGCCACCAUCCCUUUAGCGGUAAUAACUUGGUAUUUUAUCAUAAUAAUAUUGUAAACUAAUGUAUUCAUUUAGACUUAUUGAAUAAAGUAGUUACUUGUAUAUUUGGCUAACACACAAGAAUGCGUUUAACUGUAUAAUAAUCAUAAUAGCGUCCACAGUUUUCUUUUCUUUAUUAUUAUUUUUUUGUAAGUUAAAAAAGGAACAAAUGGCUGCUGUAUAUGUUUCAAAAACCAAGUGAACGUUAACAAUAAAUAACUUGAAGUGUGAGAGCUA